GACGAGAAGGUUUCAGGUAAAGCGAUUCUUGACGGCGAAAGAAUUGUGGAUAAAGAAGGAGGAUGAGGAGGAGGAAGAUGAGAGUAAAAAAGAAAGAAAGAGAGAGAGAGAGAGAGAGAAAGAGAGAAAAUCUUACGUUCGCACACGAAGAAAAAGAAACGGGAACGAAUGGACGCGCGGGGCGUUAGCCUGUAGCGGUAUAUGUAUACACGUUCUACACGAUCGUCUUUAAACGAUAUGUGUUGGUCAUUAUAUUUCUAUGAUAUGUUAUAGAAAAAGGAAGACGUGCAAGGUGAUAGAAAUCUGAUUGGCAUUCGCGAAAAAUUGGUUGUAAUAAAGGAAUCAUCGUAGAGAUAGACGGUGGCGAUCAUAAAAUUGGUGAUUAAGGGUGCGCUCAGGAUGCUGUAUAAUCUCACGAAGAUCGAGAGGAUUCGAGUCGCGUUGAGAGCGUACUGGAGUUCAACCAGCUGAGGAUGUCGGAGCAAAACGGGCCUGGCGAUGGCCCGGGACCUGGUCCAGGCUGGUGGCCGUCAACACAAUCCUGGAAGUCGUCUGGUUCCGUCGGAUCAAAUUCGUCGUCGUCUUCUACCUCCGGUACGAGCGGCGGCACCACUUCCGUUUCUGCCUCCUGCGCCACCGCCGCCGCCACCGCACCCACCACCGGAUCGGCCUCGUCAGUCUCACCGACGUCCUCCUCCACCUGCUGUUCCUCCUCAUCCAUCGGCAAUUCUACGAUGACUACUACUCGUUCUACAGAGGCAGGGAAGAACGUUUCCGUAACUGCGAUCAAUGUCCCACCUACUCAUGAAAUGCAUGACGGCAAAGGCAUCUGUAAGUAUUUAGGAGGUCAAAAUGGCGUGACGGUGUCCGUAGUUUCAAAUUGCGGCUCGGUACUCGGCUGUGCAAGUAGUACCAGCAGCGUGGGCUCGCAUGGCAUCGGUAUCGGUAUUCUCGGUUCAAAUGCCGCGGAUAUCGACGACGCGGACGACAGCGACGGUGAAAUAAGCAAGAUCGACUUCCGUGGUGUCAAUCUGCGAACCAAGAAGAAACGAGAUAUCUCCGUAAAUCAGAGCGGUGAGAAAAUCGGCGAUUGCGAUGGCGAAGGUGAAAGCGGAGCUUGCGACGGUAACGAUACGUCCCAACAGCAACAACCAGAGAGACCUAUGUCAUGGGAAGGAGAGCUCUCCGAUCAAGAGAUGUCUUCGAACACCCUCACUAAUCAGGAUCAACAUGAGGAAACGUCAAUGGAGGGUGUUCAGGUUUGCGGUGCCAGUCCCGGACCCGUAGAGCAAAAGUUUCCAAUAAAGCCAGAGCCAGACUUUCGGUCGAGUCCAGGAUACACGCUUGGCUCCUUUCAUGAUGGAAAUUUGUCUUUAAGUCACAACCAACAAUUACAACAACAACGUGGUAUCGAAAAUCUUGAACAAACGCAACAGAGCGACCUACCUCUUCUCGUGGGAAAAUUACUUGGUGGGUACAACAGUUCCACUCCAAAUCACAGUCCUGUUCUUAAUCCAAGACAUCAUUUGACCAAGCACAGUCACACGCGAUCGCAGGUACCAUCACCGGAUUCCGCGAUUCAUUCUGCCUACAGUGUCUUCAGUUCUCCAACCCAAAGUCCUCAUGCUGCAAGACACUCCGCCUUAGGAGCAGGAAGCCCAAUUCCUUCUUCCUCGCUCUCCUUAUCUCGACAUAGCUUCAAUAAUUCGACGUCCUCCUUAUCACUCUCCCUCUCUCAUUCGCUCUCGCGUAAUAAUUCAGACGCUUCGAGCAGCUGUUACAGUUAUGGCUCUUUGAGUCCACCUACGCAUUCUCCCGUCCAACAGCCUCGACAUCCGCACGCUCACUCGCAACAUCAGCAUCAGCAAGUAGCACAAGGUAGUCCUUUGCAUCUUCCAACGGCUGCUGCUUCGGCCGUGAGCGCGCACCAUUAUUCCUCUUCCGCACCAGGAUCAGAGCUUUCAUCGGAUGGACAUCCUGGAACGGAAGAUCAAGAAGACUGUAGAAUACCUGCUGCACCAUCGGGUAUCUCCACACGACAGCAGUUAAUUAAUAGCCCCUGUCCGAUCUGCGGUGAUAAGAUUAGUGGAUUUCAUUAUGGUAUCUUCUCGUGUGAAUCGUGCAAGGGCUUCUUCAAGAGGACCGUCCAGAACCGCAAAAACUAUGUGUGCCUUAGGGGUGCAGGUUGUCCCGUUACCGUUGCCACAAGAAAGAAAUGCCCUGCUUGUCGAUUUGACAAAUGCCUCAAUAUGGGAAUGAAACUCGAAGCGAUCAGAGAGGAUCGUACCAGAGGUGGUAGGAGCACUUAUCAGUGUACAUAUACUUUACCGGCAAAUCUCGUCGGUAGUCCUGCGAACAAUAUGGCGGCAGGUGAUAAAAUGAAUGCUGCUGGUAACUGCAGUCCUGCACCGCCCGGUAGCGAACAUCAUUAUUCCGUUAGACAUCAUUCGAAUCAUUCGUAUAAAGUACAAGUAGUACCACAGCUUUUGCAGGACAUCAUGGAUGUGGAACAUCUUUGGCAUUACAAUGACAGUGAUCGUAUAACUGGUAUUCAAUCUGGUGUGAUAACUUCGGGUGGAACUAGGAGCGCUCCUGGCAGUGACAUGUUGUUAGGAAGCGGAAACGGUGGAGGAGCAGGUGCUCCUGCCGGUCGAAGUGGAUCCGCUACCAAUGGGUCUGGUACCGAUUGUCCCACCAACGGACAUGGUAGUAACAAUAUUAAUAGCAGAAGGGAAGAUAACACAACAAGACCCUGUUCAACAGGCUCAGCUUCCACCGGUAGCCACGAACAAUUGUCCGCUAACACUGGUAACGUUGGCAACUGUAAUUCCCAAAUGUGCGGAAAUUCUAAUGGCAAUCCAUCGCAACAUCCGGACUUUCUUUCGAAUCUUUGCAAUAUUGCCGAUCAUCGUUUAUAUAAGAUAGUUAAAUGGUGUAAGAGUUUGCCACUUUUCAAAAAUAUUUCAAUCGAUGAUCAGAUCUGUCUACUGAUCAAUUCAUGGUGCGAGUUGCUGCUUUUCUCUUGUUGUUUCCGUAGUAUGAGCACUCCUGGUGAAAUAAGGGUAUCUCUCGGCAAGUCGAUCACGUUAGAGCAAGCAAGACAACUCGGUUUAGCGACUUGCAUCGAGAGGAUGCUCGCUUUCACCAAUAAUUUGAGAAGGCUAAGGGUGGAUCAAUACGAAUACGUAGCGAUGAAGGUUAUAGUGUUACUUACGUCCGACACCAGUGAAUUAAAAGAACCCGAGAAAGUUAGAGCUUCUCAAGAAAAAGCUUUACAGGCACUUCAACAAUAUACUAUUGCCAGGUAUCCAGAAAUGCCUGCCAAAUUUGGUGAACUAUUAUUGAGGAUUCCAGAUUUACAAAGAACGUGUCAGGCAGGCAAGGAAUUAUUGAGUGCAAAACGUGCGGAAGGAGAAGGCAGCUCGUUCAACCUAUUAAUGGAAUUACUGAGAGGUGAUCAUUAAAACCACAUCGCCGGGACAGUGAACAAUGCCAUUCCAUGCUUAUAGGGUCCAUAAGCUUAGGGAAUUGGAUUCGCUAAGUAAUUAGAAAAAAAAAAGCUGUUAAACUAGUACCAGAUGACUGGAAUAUACGCAUGGUCUAUAAAUAUUAGCACUUGGUGAGGGGGGUACAUACAUUCGUGUAAGCCUAGCUGAAUAUUGGAAAGCUAAAGUCUAAAAAGAAAAGAAAAGAUAAAAAACAAAAACAAAAAAAAAAGCGAAAAAAAAAACAUUUCUCUCAAAAUGCUUCCGUACUAAACUCGCAUGCUCGCUGCCUUGAACUAUAUCAAUUUCGAUGCGGCCUAAAUUAUGCUCGAAAUGUUCAGCGUGCAUGUAUAAAUGCAAAUGAGACUGAAAAAAUAACUGACGGUGACACACAGAGCAUUUACUUUUACAAUAAUGAGCGUUGUACAAAGAAAGUUGGUAUGAUGUAGCAUUAACAUGCUACGAUCUAUUUAGAUAGGUCAAAUCCGUCCCAUUGCCCGCUUUACAAUAAUGUGUAUAGUCCGCAGUUGGGACGGAAAUUACCUUUAUUCAUGAUUGUAAUAAAGCAACCAGUAUUUUA